CGAUUGUCUUCUUGGAUCAAAACAACUACUACUUUGUUUUGUUAAUUGGACCAUCCUGUGUGUUUCUUCUGUAUAAAUAACUCAUCAUCCAUACUAUUAACGAAUGUCCGUAAGAAGAAAAUUUGAAAAAGUUUGGGGUGGUAAAGAAGGAAAAGGGAGUGAAAUUCAACAAGAUAUCCUCUCUAAACAAACUCCACGUAUUUCCUUUGAAUUAGUCAAGAUCAACCGUAGAGGAGCUCGUCAAAAGAGAGAAUUAGUUUUUUCUGAUGAUGGUAUUUCAAAUAUGAAGGGUAAAUCAAGACAGUGGUAUUUUCAUAUAACAGAUUUAUUUGGAAUUGAACCAGGACCACUAAAUAAUGCUUCCAAUUCAUCUUCUCAAGUUUCAACACCAACAACAAAUUUGUCAUCAAGUCAAUCUUUAUCAAAUACCAAUUCUAAUAAUAAUGGUGGUGGUAAACCAACUCUGUUUUUAAAAGUUAUUAAGAAAUAUCAAUUUGAAUGUGAAUCUGAUGAACAAUUGGAUAGGAUUACAAAGGUAUUUUAUCAAUUGUACAGUGAUAGAUUACCAAUUAAUAAUGCACAACAAUACAAUGGAUAUGGAGCAUAUAUUGGUGAUUAUGUUUCACAAAUGAAUAUGGCUUCUACUUUCAAUCCACCAUCCAAUUCUUCUCCUUCAGGUCACAUUACUCCUACAGCCACAGCCAUUUCCACAAUAACAACAAAAGGAAUCGAUCAACAAUAUACUAGUACCUCUACUUCUACUACUAUUGGUAAUAGUAGUAGUAGUACUACAAAUGUCAGUAGUGGUGGUAAUUCUUCUACUUCCUCUUCUUCUACUGGUCAAUUUGGUGGUCAAGAUCAUGAAGCUCCAACUUUGCAUCAACAACAACAAUUGGCUGCUUUUAUGGGUAAAAAGAUUGGAAUUCACAGUUUUGAAUUGUUAAAAGUUAUUGGUGAAGGAAGUUUUUCAAAGGUUUGUCUUGUGAGAAAGAAGGACACUCGUCAAAUUUAUGCACUCAAAGUUUUGGAUAAAUCUGAAAUUAAACGAAGAAAUCAAGUUGAACACACAAUUACAGAGAAGAGAGUUUUAUCAAAUCAUAGACAUCCUUUCAUUAUCAAAAUGUAUCAUUCAUUCCAAGCUGAAGACAAAUUGUACAUGUGUUUACAAUUUAUUCCUGGAGGUGAAUUGUUCGGCCAUUUGAGAAGAGUUCAUCGUUUCCCAUUGGAAUUGACCAAAUUUUACUUGUGUGAAGUUAUUCUUGCUAUUGAAUAUCUUCAUAGUAAUGAUAUUAUAUACAGAGAUUUGAAACCUGAGAAUAUUUUGUUGAAUUCUGACGGUCACAUCAAAUUGACAGAUUUUGGUCUUGCUAAAGAAGGAAUUACCAGUGUUGGUGGUAAUUCUUCAGGUACAAAAACUAGAACUUUCUGUGGUACUCCUGAUUAUCUUAGUCCUGAAAUUAUCAAAGGAAUGCCACAUGGUAAAGCAGUUGAUUAUUGGUCAAUGGGUGUUUUGUUAUUUGAAUUUUUGACAGGUAGAUCACCAUUCCGUGGUAGCAAUAGAAAAGAAUUGUACGAACAAAUUAUUCAUACACAUCCAGUUUAUCCAAAGGAAAUUACAGAAGCCACUUCGAGGACUAUCACUGUUUAUGAUGAUCCAAUCAAGGGUGUAAAAUAUGCUCAACCAGUUGAAAGAAGUGUUGUGGUUGAUUUAUUGGACAGAUUACUUGUAAAGAAACCAGAAGAAAGAUUAGGUGCUAAUGGAAUUGAAGAAAUCAAAUCACAUCCAUUCUUUGAUGAUAUUGAUUGGGAUUUAAUGUUACAAAAACAAAUUCCUCCUCCAUUUAAACCACCACUUUCUGAUAAUCCAAAUGAAAAUCUUCAAAAGAUUUUGGGUAAUAACAUUUCUGAAAAUGGAACACUCGUAGCUGAUAAUUUACUUAAUGCUAAGGAACAAGGAAUGAUUAUGCCAAAAACUCCUUUCAAAGCAUCUCAAUCUCCAUCAUUUUCUGGAUUCUCUUAUAAUGAUCCAGGUGAUGCUGGUUACUUGUCGAGUGUUAUAGAUUCAAAUCCUAACAAUUCAGAUCUUUAAAAUUUGUAGAUUAUAAAUUAUUAUUAUUUC